UUAAAAAUAUUUAUUUUGAUAACAAUAAAGAAAAAUUAGAUAACAUUAUCAAGAGUGAAGAGCGUAAAAUGUAAAUAAAUUACUAAAUUCACUAGAUAUGUACGGUCAAAAUGGGGUUGAUGACAGUUUUAAAGAAGAUGAAACAGAAGGAAAAAGAAAUGAGAAUCUUAAUACUAGGUUUAGAUAAUGCUGGAAAAACAACUAUUUUGAAAAAGUAUAACGGAGAACCUACCAACACAAUUGAGCCAACAUUGGGUUUCAACAUAAAAACAUUAGAUCAUAAAAAUUAUAAAUUAAAUGUCUGGGAUGUUGGUGGUCAAAAGUCUUUAAGGUCAUAUUGGAGAAACUAUUUUGAGAGUACUGAUGGUCUUAUAUGGGUAGUUGAUAGUGCAGACAAAAGACGAUUGAAUGACUGUACUGCUGAACUACAUAGUCUAAUUGAAGAAGAGAGGUUGGCAGGAGCUACUUUACUAAUUUUUGCCAACAAACAAGAUUUACCGGGAGCAUUAUCCGCUGAAGAAAUAAAAGAAGUUCUGCAAUUAGACCGUAUAAAAACCCAUCAUUGGAAAAUAAUUCGUUGCAGUGCAUAUACUGGUGAAAAUUUACUAGAAGGAAUUAACUGGAUGGUCAGUGACAUUUCCGCAAGAAUAUUUACUCUAGAUUAAUAAUUAAUGAGUUAAACAGUAACUAUAAUUAAUUGUUUUAUGUAUAAUCAUGCAUUCCUUACAAACUCUUGACAAUAUAAUAUAGUAAUUUUUAUUGUAAUUAUAAAAUUGCUACAGAUUAGUUUUGUAUAAAAUAAUAAUACAAAUAUAACCAAGCAUUUAAAAUGUAAUAUCAAAAAUUUGUGACUACAAUUUACCAAAUAAGUCAAAGGCCAUGGUCAACUUUCCUAAAAAAUGAUAUCUUUAUUUCUAAAAUAUUGAUAUUCUUAUGAAUAAUAAUCUAAUAGUAUACUGUAUACCUUACAAUAUGAGUAUAUUUAUAAAUUCAUUAAUCUACUUCU